GGGUAGGUGCCCUUCUUCCCGAGACGCAGGCUGGUGACCGGGCCUUGAGUCGGCGCGGUUGGGUGUAUGUGCGGGAGGCGGAUUACGGCUUCGGCCCCGGCGGGUUGGGCGGGCGCUGCCCGGGGCAGGGAGCCGCGCUCUCCCGGGCUGCUGUGCCUGGAUCGGCGAGGACUGGCAGCCUUAUCUUCGGGAGCAGCGCGGGCUGCUGGGGAGUUCCACGGUUCAAAGAGCGGCCUAGGGAAAGGGGCAGCAACUGCAAAGCCAGAGUCGAGCGAACGCUGAAUUUCCUGGGCUUCAGUUAUCUCUGAAAACUUUACGCAGCGUUUGAUCGAACACCGCCAGCGGAAUAGCUCGGCCUUCAUGCAGGAUGCUGUAUUCUCUGCUCCUUUGUGAAUGUCUGUGGCUUAUAACUGGUUAUGCUUCUGAUGAUGACUGGAUUGAUCCCACAGACAUGCUUAACUAUGAUGCUGCUUCAGGAACAAUGAGAAAAUCUCAGGUGAAAUAUGAUGUAUCAGAGAAAAAAGAUGUCAGUCCUGACUUGUCAUGUGCUGAUGAAUUGUCGGAAUGUUAUAGCAAACUUGAUUCUUUAACUCAUAAGAUCAGUGAGUGUGAAAAGAAAAAGAGGGAAGACUAUGAAAGUGAGAGCAAUCCUGUUUUUAGGAGAUACUUAAAUAAAAUUUUAAUUGAAGCCAGGAAGCUCGGACUUCCUGAAGAAAACAAAGGUGAUAUGCAUUAUGAUGCUGAGAUUAUCCUAAGAAGACAAACCUUGUUAGAAAUACAGAAGUUUCUCAGUGGAGAGGAUUGGAAGCCAGGAGCCUUGGAUGAUGCACUAAGUGAUAUUUUAAUUAAUUUUAAGCUUCAUGAUUUUGAAACAUGGAAGUGGCGAUUUGAAGACUCUUUUGGAGUGGAUCCGUAUAAUGUGUUGAUGGUGCUUCUGUGUCUGCUCUGCAUCGUGGCACUGGUGGCUACCGAGCUGUGGACCUAUGUGCAUUGGUACACCCAGCUGAGACGGGUUUUAUUCAUCAGUUUUCUCGUCAGUUUGGGAUGGAAUUGGAUGUAUUUAUACAAGCUAGCCUUCGCACAGCAUCAGGCCGAGGUUGCCAAGAUGGAGCCGUUGAACAACGUGUGUGCUGAGAAGAUGGACUGGAUUGGAAGUCUCUGGGAAGUGUUUAGAAGUUCAUGGACCUAUAAGGAUGACCCAUGCCAAAAAUACUAUGAGCUCUUGUUAGUCAACCCUAUUUGGUUGGUCCCACCAACAAAGGCACUGGCAGUUACGUUCACCAACUUUGUCACGGAGCCAUUGAAACACAUUGGAAAAGGAGCUGGUGAAUUUAUUAAAGCGCUCAUGAAGGAGAUGCCAGUAUUACUUCACAUUCCCGUGCUGAUAAUUAUGGCACUGGCUGUCCUGAGUUUCUGCUAUGGUGCUGGAAAAUCAGUUAAUAUGCUGAGACAAAUAAGUGGUCCCGAGAGAGAACCACCCCGGGCACUUGAGCCAGGUGACAGAGGACGCCAGAAGGAAGUUGAUUAUAGACCCCAUGGUGGAGCAGGUGAUACAGAUUUCUAUUAUAGAGGCCCGAUCGGCCCCGUUGAGCAAGGCCCUUAUGACAAAACAUAUGAGGGUAGAAGAGAUGUUUUGAGACAGAGAGAUGUUGACUUGAGACUUAAGACUGGCAACAAGAGCCCCGAAGUGCUCCGGGCAUGUGACUUACCAGACGCAGAGGCGAGAGAGCAUCCCAAGGCGGUACCCAGUCAUAAAUUUCCUGUUUUGGAUGCAAAGCCCAAAGAGAUUGGAAUCCCAGGAGAAAGCACACUGCCAGAAAGCAGCACUGAAAGCAGCCAGUCCACUAAGCCUGUCUCUGGUGCAGAGACAUCAGAGAAGGUGGAAGGUACAUCUGCAGAGGAAAAGGGCCAGCUCAGGACCGGGGCCAGAGGCAGCCCAGAGGAAGGCGGUGGUGCAUCCAGCCCCGCCAGCUGUGGAAAGGACCUGGAUGCUGGCCCAUGUGGCUAGAGGAACACAGACUCGGACCACAGCUCCAAGGUUGUCUUUGGGUUUUGUAAAGUAUACUCUUCACAACCAUGCACUCUUCUCUACACAUAUUCUGACAUUUACUAUACAGGUGCCAACUUCUACAUUAAUAUUUUUAUUGACCGUCAGAACGAAUGAAUACACAUGUAUUUCUGUUUAGUUUUUAAUCUUUUGUCAGUUUAAUUUCAUUUUCAUAUUGAAACCUCCCAAAAAGUUUUAAAGUGUUAAUUUUGGAACGGGAUCUCAUCGAUGAACACAUGGCAAGUAUCACUGAUUUCAAAUAAAGAGGUCAGUUUGAUUCAGGGGACAGUGAAAAAGUUGAUGGUUCACAGGCUUAAAUAGGAACCAACUAGCCAAUGUGCGUGGUGCCUAGCGGAGAAGCCCGAGGACACCUACCUUAGUUAAUAAUUUGUUAGUCGUGCAUUGGAUUCAAUAUGUUUCUGCAAGUGGGAGUACCCAAAAAUAGUUUUUAAGGAGAGUCCACUGUGGUCAAGUUUACUCUCGUCAUGCACUUCGGUGUCUUCAUGCAGCCAUGGAGUAUGCGUCCGUUUGUCUCUGUGUAGGCUGCCUUAGCUCAUCAUGGCUUUGUCAUUCCCUAUCCCACCUCCAUCUCUCAACUCUCCCAGCGAUGACUGGGCCUGCUUCCUGGCCACCUAUCUUACUUUACCCUCAGCUAAGAGCUGAAGAUUGCCAGGAGAAUUUAGUUAUUAGCACAGCUUAAGUCGGUAAUCUGGGUUUUACAUAGUCCGUAGACUUUGAGAAUAGCUCUAUUUCAAUAUGUACUUUACACAUUGGUCAAGUACAUUAUUUUUGCUAAACAGCAUAAUCUCUCUACAUCCCUGGUCAAAUACUAAAAAAUGCCACUGUCAAGAUUUUUAAAAACUUACCUCAGCAAGAGGGUGUAAAAUUUAAUGUUACUAUUAUUUUCUCGUUUAAUAUUGCAAACAUCUUUAGUAUUUCAUCAAAAAGGUAGUAUUCCCCCCCCCCCCCAAUACAACAGAAUUUUGUAUAAAAAUUUGUAACAUAGUAGGUAUGUAAUAUAUGAACUAAUGCAAGGAUGCCUGCAGUUUGGGGAUUUUUGAACAUCAAUACAUAUAAAGGCCUCUCUUGUGGCA